AUUUGUGUCCAUUUAUUCUGUUGCGUAGAGACUGUCCGGUUUGGCCAAUGUACAUGGCAGAGGGGCAUUGCUGGCACAUGAUGGCAUAUAUCAUGUUCAGUUCAGGAUGGUCUCAGGUCAUCUUACAGAGAUGGUUGCUUAAUACAAGUAAUUCAGCGUUGCUUUGGGCUGUUUGUUUAAAAGGGGUUGGCCUUUAAAACCUGUUGCUAUGAUUUGAUUAGGCCAAAUGUCUAAAUAUUUACAGUUUGUUUCCGGAUCAGCUGCAUUGAGUCCUAAUCCCAGCUCACUGAGGGGAGUGGGAGCCAGGAGAUCAAGACUCACUGUGUGAGCUUGGGCCAGUCACUCCGUCUCAGCAUCCCACCUGUUAAAUGGGGCGCCAGCCUCUGCCCCACAGGAGAAUGAGGAAGGUAAACCUAAUGUUUGUGAAGCGCUCCGAUACUUCUGUGCUGGAGAUGCAGUAGUUGCUUGUUGGCAGCAACACUUUGCAAGAGCACCCACCGCUUACCUGCAACAUUUCCCCUGGGAAUACUUCCCCUGCUGUGAAUUGUCCACUCGGUAACCGCAACGUAGCCGCUGCAUUAGAGCAACAUUUAUGACAUUGUGCUGUCACAGCCUCCGCUUAUUUGCAUCCGUUUUUUGUGGCAAAGCCAGACAUAAUGCCAAGCAGUUUCUCACCGAAAGAAAAAGUACAGAUUAUCCACGACUGUGGCGCUCUGGGGGCUCCGCAAAGCCAAGUGGGAGUUGCCCAGGUUGGCUGUAUGUGGAAUGUGGAAGCAGAAGGAUAAGCACGAAGACGGACAGUCAGAUAGCAGCUGGAAGCGUGGGCAUGAAGGGAAACGCGGCUGCUGUCGACUAGUCUCGUUAUAUGGUUCCAGGAGAAGCUGGCGCAGGGAGAACUACCUGCUGGACCCGCAAUCGAGGAAAACCCCCUUCAGCUUGCUGCUUCCCUGGGGUUGAAUGAUCUUAAGGCAAGUGACAGUUUACCAGAUGGAAGAAAUGCUUCAAUGUUGCUUACAAAAACGGGCAUGGUGAGAAACAGCCAGCGGACAAACCAGCAGGGGCAGUGUGAAAAACUUCCUCACAUUUUCCAAGCUGAUGUCUCCAAUGCUGAUUAAACGGGACUUUAUUUCAAAGAGCUCUGCCAGAGGACCGGUCGAGGAGGAGGGAAAGCUUUAAAGGACACAGGGGAACUGUGCUCGUCGGUGCCAACGUGGAUGGGAGUGACCCCCCCUGAACAACGUUCCCCUUCCAGUCAACAUGGAAAAAGAGGACUUAUCUGCUGGGGAUGAGGAUUUGCUCCCGUUCGGAGAGCUGUCCGAUGUGGAAUUACCGAGCUGCAGCUGCUGCAAGGCCAGAGAAACACGCUUGUGUUGAUGAAACACAUUCUAAUCCAGGGAGUGAGGACGAGCGAUUUUGAUGAAGUUCCACGUCUGACAAACGUUGAGCGGUUGAAGGCUUUGCACACGCUCUGGCACUUUUCUCGGGUAGCGGGACUUGGUGACAGGGUCUGCAGGACAUGGAGUCCCGUCUUCAAAACAAAACUGGGUUUGUUAAUUUGCUUCUGCUGCUUCUCAAUGUUCUUUCAGCCGAACAGGAAUUGUGGCGUUGGCAUGGCUCGCAUUACCCUGGAGGACCUCAAUGGAUUGGACGAUGAGUCCCUCGAUGAAGAUGAGGAGCCAAUGGAUGGGGAAGAACAGAACAGGCUGUUCUCUCAUUGGGAAACAGUGGCCAGCACCCAUCAAGUGACUCUUCCUCAAGAGAUGGCGGGUCCCAUCGUGCAGAUGACGCAGCACAGCCAGGUGCGUGAGCCGGUGCCCUAUGUCACCCUGCUGCAGCAUGAGAAGUGUGAGGAGCGGCUGUACCCAGCGGGGAAGUGGGCCUGCGUCACCAAGGGGGAGCCGAUGUACGAACAGAGCAUCUCCAUGGGCUUCAUGAAACUCAUGCGCUACAUCUGCAAGGAGAACUCCACAGGCCGCUACCUGGGCAUGACGGUGCCUGUGGUGAACGAGAUCCGCCUGAGUGAGGAGGGCACCGAGUUGCUGCGGGACGUCACCACUACCUAUUACCUCCCAGGGGAGUUCCAGCCCGACCCCCCUCUCCCCACGGACCCUGACAUCCGCAUUGUGGAGAGACAGCCGCUCCGCGUCCUGACCAGGGUUUUCUAUGGGGUGACGUCGGAAGAGACGAUCCUCCGGGAGAUCCGCCUUCUCUGGGAGCUGCUGGGCUCCACAGACACCGUGCUGCGGGAACGCUACAUGGUGGCUGCCUACGAGAACCCCAGCGUCCCUCAGCGGCGCAAUGAGCUGUGGUUCAUCCGGCGGGCAGAAUGAGUGCAGCGCAGCCCCGUGCUGGCCCCACUUUCGAUGGCAGUUCUGGCUGAAGGAGAUGAAUGCACAGCCCGACGCACUGGGCGCCGUAGAGCUGCGCUGGACCCGAAGAG